CAGCUCCCGGCAUCUUUUUCCCCCCCAAGCGGUUCUCACUCGAUCCCGGAGAGCCCUGGUGCUCUCCGGCUCCUUGGUUUGUGGCAGUGGGUCCCACCAGACCCGCCCUGUGCACCUCACUUCGGGACGCCGGAGUCUUCUCCCUCUGCCCUCCAGGCUGGGGCCAGAUACCCACCCCAUUCGCUUUUUCUCACUGAAGUGCCCGAGUCCUCGGUUCUUCUAAAACACGAUGCCGUCGGGUUUCCAGCAGAUCGGCUCUGAAGAUGGGGAACCCCCUCGGCAGCGAGUGACGGGGACCCUGGUCCUUGCUGUGUUCUCGGCUGUACUUGGUUCCCUUCAGUUUGGCUACAACAUUGGGGUCAUCAACGCCCCACAGAAGGUGAUUGAACAGAGCUACAACGCAACAUGGCUGGGAAGGCAGGGGCCUGGGGGACCCACUUCCAUCCCACAAGGCACUCUUACUACACUGUGGGCUCUCUCCGUGGCCAUCUUUUCUGUGGGCGGCAUGAUUUCUUCCUUUCUCGUUGGCAUCAUUUCUCAAUGGUUGGGAAGGAAAAGGGCUAUGCUAGCCAACAAUGUCUUGGCAGUGCUGGGGGGCACCCUCAUGGGCCUCGCCAAUGCCGCUGCCUCCUACGAGCUGCUCAUUCUCGGACGGUUCCUCAUCGGUGCUUACUCAGGGCUAACAUCAGGGUUGGUGCCUAUGUAUGUGGGAGAAAUCGCCCCCACUCAUCUGCGGGGUGCUUUGGGAACACUCAACCAACUGGCCAUCGUCAUUGGCAUUCUGAUUGCCCAGGUGUUGGGCUUGGAGUCUAUGCUGGGCACAGCUACCCUGUGGCCACUGCUGCUGGCUCUCACGGUGCUCCCUGCCCUCCUGCAGCUGCUUCUCCUGCCCUUCUGUCCUGAGAGCCCCAGAUACCUUUACAUCAUCCGGAACCUGGAGGGGCCUGCCCGAAAGAGUCUGAAGCGCCUGACAGGCUGGGCCGAUGUGUCGGACGCGCUGGCUGAGCUGAAGGAUGAGAAGCGGAAGUUAGAGCGGGAGCGUCCCAUGUCCCUGCUCCAGCUCCUGGGCAGCCGCACCCACCGGCAGCCUCUGAUCAUCGCCGUAGUACUGCAGCUGAGCCAGCAGCUCUCGGGCAUAAACGCUGUUUUCUACUAUUCAACCAGCAUCUUCGAGUCAGCUGGGGUAGGACAGCCAGCCUACGCCACCAUAGGAGCUGGUGUGGUCAACACCGUCUUCACGUUGGUCUCGGUGCUCUUAGUAGAACGGGCUGGGCGACGGACCCUCCAUCUCCUGGGCCUGGCAGGCAUGUGUGGCUGUGCCAUCUUGAUGACUGUGGCUCUGCUUCUGCUGGAACGGGUUCCAGCCAUGAGCUAUGUCUCCAUCGUGGCCAUAUUUGGCUUUGUGGCCUUCUUUGAGAUUGGCCCUGGCCCCAUCCCCUGGUUCAUUGUGGCUGAGCUCUUCAGCCAGGGACCCCGCCCAGCAGCCAUGGCUGUAGCUGGCUUCUCCAACUGGACAUGUAACUUCAUUGUUGGCAUGGGUUUCCAGUAUGUCGCGGAUGCUCUGGGUCCCUAUGUCUUCCUUCUAUUUGCCGCCCUACUGCUUGGCUUCUUCAUCUUCACCUUCCUCAAAGUGCCUGAGACCAGAGGCCGGACGUUUGACCAGAUCUCCGCCGCCUUCCGCCGGACACCUUCCCUCUUAGAGCAGGAGGUGAAACCCAGCACAGAACUUGAAUACUUAGGGCCAGAUGAGAAUGACUGAGGGGCAGGGCAGGGUGGGAGAGCCACCCUCUACAGCCCCACAGACCCCUCCUCUCCUCAACAGCACUUUAGCCCUCUUUUCCCGUUACCUCCAGGAUGGAGAAAACUGCAGCCUGGAGAACUGGGAAGCCGAGGGAAGGGUGGUUCAAGUACCCCUCAUUCCCCUCCUGACUCUUUUGGAUUAUUUAUGUGUUGUGGCUAGGCUGUGGCCACCUGGUGGGCUAUUCUCCUCU